AUGCCCGCUUUCAUUAUACCACAGACGCGAAAAGCCCUCCGAAGAAUCGGCCCCCGAGAAGCCAAGUUUGUCGACGAGGCCAUACCUUCUCGGGGCUCAUCCGAUGUGUUGAUCAGGGUUCGCGCUGUUUCGCUCAACUACAAGGACUUGGCUAUGCUGGAUGAUAAGUUCCCCUGGCCAGUGCCAUCUAACAUCAUCAUGGGCGCGGAUGUUGCAGGCGAGGUUGCUUGGGUUGGAGAAAAGGUUGCCAAGUUCAAGAUCGGCGACGGAGUCGUUGCUAUUCACAACUUGGAUAACAUCACUGGACGCGAAUCAACAGCCAGAGCCCCGGGCCAGGGUGUCGACGGAACCCUGGCUACCUACGUUGUCUUCUCAGAGGUCGAACUGGUCAAGUUUCCCGACAAUUUGUCAUGGGCUGAGGCCAGCAUUCUGCCCUGCUCUGGUGUCACUGCUUGGUCAGCCCUGAAUAUCAAGACAAACAAUCUGUGGGGAAAGAAGGUGCUUGUUCAAGGGACCGGAGGCGUGAGCAUCAUAGCGCUCAGCCUUGCUGCCAAAGCCGGUGCCACUGUUAUUGCCACAUCUUCAUCCGAUGCCAAGCUAGAGCGCGCGCGAGAGCUCGGUGCUUCCCACGUCAUCAACUACAAGCAGAAUCCCAACUGGGAACAGCAAGUGUUGGACCUCACAUAUGGCCUCGGAGUCGACAUUGUCGUCGAACAAGGGGGGGCUCAAACGCUGCUGCAGAGCGUACAGUCAGUGAAGCGAGAGGGCCAGAUUUCUCAAGUCGGAUUUCUAUCGGGACACGGUCACGGAGACAUGUUUCGUCUGGUCCAGCUGCUCAUCAUCAGGAAGUGCAGCAUUGUGGGCAUUCAGGUUGGGUCAAAAGGCGAUCUGGAAGAUUUGCUCGACUUUGUCAAACAGCCGCAUUUCAAGCUCGAGCCAUGCAUCGACCGAGUGUUUAGCUUCGACAAGUCAUUAGAAGCCUUUGAAUACAUGAGAAAUGGAGGUGCUGUCGGGAAGAUAGUCAUUGAGUUUUGA